AUGGACAGAACGGUGACGUAUCAAUCGGUCUGCAGCGGGGACGGGAACACGGAAGCGCUGAAAGUACGAUUUGAUACCACUAAAGUGACGAUAGAGGAACUGUUGGACGUGUUUUUUGCCUCGCACGAUGCCACGCGGCGAACGGCUUCGGCGCAGUACGAAAGCGCCGUCUGGCCGCAAAGCGAAGCGCAAUACGAAAAGGUGCGGGCGUACGUCGAGGCGAUGAACGAAAACGCGAUGAUGAAGCAGAGACGACCAAUUGCGACAAAGAUACGAAAUCCGAGUAAAACUCGAUUCGCAAUUGCGGAGAGGUACCAUCAAAACUACAACAAGAAGAACGCGUAUCGUCUUUCGGCGGCGUUUGGCGUGUUUUUAUUGAACUUGCAAGCUCCGGACUCGUUCUUCUUGCAAGAGCAGUUGAAAGUUCUCCUCGGCGCGGGAGUGGUUUUAUCCUCGUUGGAACAAAUGUUACCGUUUUACGAUCGAGUGUUGGACGAGUUAGAAGGGAACGUAAACAACAACGGGAGUAGUUCCAAGGACGCCGACGAGUAA